AUGCUCUUGGAGACAUCAGAGGAGGAGCUGCUAGCUGGCAAGCCGAUCUCUCUGGAGCUAGACAAGAGUGUUGGCAAGCUGCAUGACACCUUCUGCUCGCCGGGCAACGUGGAGUUCAUGACGCUCGGAGCUUGGGCAGCCACGCCGACGCUGGGAUCGAAGCGAAACAUGUUGAAAGAAAAGCUCAGAGCGUACCUCGGCGAGCAGCGCUGGACACGGGUGCAAGGGAACAAGGCAGCGAGGAGGGGUAGCGCCUUCUCUCCAAGGGCAGCAGCGACUAAUGCGCUCGAGCAGGAGUGUCUAGGGUUUAGGUAUGAUGAAAAUGUUCGCAACCUGCUGUAUCGGAGAUCAUGCCAAUACACGCAGAGCGGACUUGUGGAUGCCUCUGUCCUCGAAGCUGAUCUCGUCGAGAGGGUGAAGAGCUUCGCGAAGCGUCAUCCGAACAGCAGGACAGCCCAGGCUUGCAAGGCUGUGGAGGGAUGCACCCCCGACGCUAUCGCAGAAGCCAUCCGCUCGACAUGUCAGCAGGCACGACGUGAGCUUCUACAAGAAGCAAUGAUUGGAUGGAGUGACGCAUCCAGAGAGUGGUUUAUGCAGCAGAUUGGGUUUAGGUAUGAUGAAAAUGUUCGCAACCUGCUGUAUCGGAGAUCAUGCCAAUACACGCAGAGCGGACUUGUGGAUGCCUCUGUCCUCGAAGCUGAUCUCGUCGAGAGGGUGAAGAGCUUCGCGAAGCGUCAUCCGAACAGCAGGACAGCCCAGGCUUGCAAGGCUGUGGAGGGAUGCACCCCCGACGCUAUCGCAGAAGCCAUCCGCUCGACAUGUCAGCAGGCACGACGCAACGAGGUGACUUCCUUCAUCUCCAUGACUCUCCUGGGCAUCUCCUCGGUGUAUGUCAACCAUGAAGAAAAGCUGAAGAAGAAAUUCGAAGAGAUCGGACUGAUCGUAGACUCAGUGCAAGAGAGUAAAGCAAUCAUGUGGAAGGCUCCGUAUAGACCCGAGAUAGCGAGUGCUGAGGAGAUCCCGGUGACUGUUUCCUUCCUCCGCAAUGCACAAGCGGAGAAGCUCUGGCAGGGAAGAGAGGACUUCGCGAUUGAUGGUCGCAAGUUCACAGCUGUACAUGUGAGCAUCGUGCACGAUCGAUCUUUCAAGAUUCGAGCCAAGAGAGGACCCUGGGGCAAAGGGGGCAGCUUGGCAGAGCUGACUCACCUGCUAACCUUGGGCGGCAUGACAACGGCUGAGAUAGCUGCCGUCUAUCGCUAUCAGCUGCUGCGCCAGUCCCUUGCAGCGGUACAGCUCCAGCCGCUGGCAGGCAUGCUGGUCGCUGGGGCGCCAGGACAGCAAGUCCACAAAGGCUUAGGUCAGAAAGGCUUCAUCGCUGUAGGGGCCAACGUCAUCUGGAGACAGAGGGAGGUGGAGUGGAUCGUCUCCUCGAGCUGCCCAGAGGCGAAUGAUACAGCAUUUCGAGCUUUCCGAGAGAGCGAAGCGAUGGAGGGAGUACACCUGACUCUGUUCAGCGAGGACCCGAAGAUCAGAGAGGCGCUCGCAGUCGAGUUGACAGCUGAUCGCUUUGUGUCCAGAAAUAAGUUGAAGAAGGCAUCAAGGAUGCAGAAGAAGGCAGGCGGCAAGGACGGCAAGGAGAUCAAGAUCAUCAUCAAGUCGACGGCGGCAUCUGGUCGCUUCACGAGGAAGGAGAUGGAGGGGCUGUGCAACGGCGGCAACACGUCCAUCGCAAGAGUCAAGAGAGUCUUGUUGGAGAUCGCUAACAGGCUCGAGAUCAAAGUUGAAGGCAUCGACAUGGAGGAGGAUUUGAACACCAAGUCCUGGAACGGGUCUAAGCUAUGCAUCCUCCUCGGCUCCACGGAGGAUGCUCGACGCAUGAUGAAGGAGCUGCCCUUCUAUCUCGAAGGCGCAGCCACCAAGCUCGAAGCAGUCGGCUUCGACAAGGAGCCUGACUCUGAGGCGGCUGGUCAGCGGGGCACCAGCGACGCAGCGCAGCGACAGGAGGAGAGCGAGGGAGAGUGGCUGGAGUUUACAGACCUGGAGAGGAUCACAAUGGAGGCAGCAUCUCCGUCAAGCCAAGAGGACAUGCAGCUCGUCAGCGAGCUGUCAGCAGUCAUCGAAGAUGCAGCUUCUUUGAACGAGGCAGGGACGAGCGAGCCGAUCAAGCUGGUCCUGGACAAGGCCGUUGGCAACCUCCACGACACGUUCUACUCUCCGGGGAGCCUGGAGUUUAGGGUUUAG